GAAGUGACGCAACGCGGCCGCCGGAAGUGUCGUUUGUGUCGCGCGCUUGGGCCUAAGGUUGGAGUGGGGCCUGCGCCCGGAAAGAUACCGCUAUGUCGAUCGAAAUCGAGUCCUCGGAUGUGAUCCGUCUUAUCAUGCAGUAUCUGAAGGAAAACAGUUUACAUCGGGCAUUAGCCACUUUGCAGGAAGAGACGACUGUGUCUCUGAAUACCGUGGACAGCAUUGAGAGUUUUGUGGCUGACAUUAAUAGUGGCCAUUGGGAUACAGUUUUACAGGCUAUACAGUCUCUGAAAUUGCCAGACAAAACCCUUAUUGACCUCUAUGAACAGGUGGUUCUGGAAUUGAUAGAGCUUCGUGAAUUGGGCGCUGCUCGGUCACUUCUGAGACAGACUGACCCCAUGAUCAUGUUAAAACAAACACAGCCGGAGCGAUAUAUCCAUCUGGAGAACCUCUUGGCCAGGUCUUACUUUGAUCCUCGUGAGGCAUACCCUGACGGAAGCAGCAAAGAGAAGAGAAGAGCAGCAAUUGCUCAGGCCUUGGCUGGGGAAGUCAGUGUGGUGCCUCCAUCUCGUCUCAUGGCAUUGCUGGGACAGGCACUGAAAUGGCAGCAGCACCAGGGGUUGCUUCCUCCCGGCAUGACCAUAGAUUUGUUCCGAGGUAAAGCAGCUGUCAAAGAUGUGGAAGAAGAAAAGUUUCCUACACAGUUGAGCAGGCAUAUUAAGUUUGGUCAGAAAUCACAUGUGGAGUGUGCUCGAUUUUCUCCAGAUGGUCAGUAUCUAGUCACUGGAUCUGUUGAUGGAUUCAUUGAAGUAUGGAACUUUACGACUGGAAAAAUUAGGAAGGAUCUUAAGUACCAGGCGCAGGAUAACUUCAUGAUGAUGGAUGAUGCCGUUCUUUGCAUGUGUUUCAGCAGAGACACAGAGAUGUUAGCAACUGGGGCCCAAGAUGGAAAAAUCAAGGUUUGGAAGAUUCAGAGUGGACAGUGUUUGAGGAGAUUUGAAAGAGCACACAGUAAAGGUGUCACCUGUCUAAGUUUUUCAAAGGAUAGCAGUCAGAUCCUUAGUGCCUCUUUUGACCAGACAAUUAGAAUUCAUGGUUUAAAAUCUGGGAAAACCUUGAAGGAAUUUCGUGGCCAUUCCUCUUUUGUUAAUGAAGCAACAUUUACACAAGAUGGACAUUAUAUUAUUAGUGCCUCUUCUGAUGGCACUGUGAAGAUUUGGAAUAUGAAGACCACAGAAUGUUCAAAUACCUUUAAAUCCCUGGGCAGCACUGCAGGGACAGACAUCACUGUCAACAGUGUAAUCCUGCUUCCUAAAAAUCCAGAGCACUUCGUGGUGUGCAACAGAUCAAACACAGUGGUCAUCAUGAACAUGCAGGGGCAGAUUGUCAGAAGCUUCAGCUCUGGUAAAAGAGAAGGUGGUGACUUUGUUUGCUGUGCCCUCUCUCCCCGUGGUGAAUGGAUCUACUGUGUGGGGGAGGACUUUGUGCUCUACUGUUUCAGCACAGUCACCGGCAAACUGGAGAGAACUUUGACAGUUCAUGAGAAAGAUGUAAUUGGAAUUGCACAUCACCCGCAUCAGAACCUGAUUGCUACCUACAGUGAAGAUGGACUCCUCAAGCUCUGGAAACCCUAAUUUGACUCUUUAAUAGCUUGAGAGCACGUACGUAAAUGAAGACAGUCUUGUAUUGCUUUUUUUUUUAAGGCCAGCUUUUUAAAGCAGAUUAUCUGAAUUAGGUACA